CAGAAUAAACUCCAAAUUUAAUGAACUACUUAAUCUCAAUUAUUUAAUCGAACAAAAAAAAAGAGCAAAAUCUUAAUUAAUUUAAAAGAAUUGUUGCAAGUCUUCAUUUCUUUCCAAAUACCAAAAAAAUAAAAAAAUAAAAUAAAGUUUGCUAGAAAAAAAAACUAACGUAGUAGAAAAGUAGUUCAUGGACGUCGAACAAAAAGAAAAGUAUGUGAUUAAAGAUUUUCUGUCAGAAGAAUAGGCUUAAAAGUGUAAAAAAUUGUUUUUUUAACGAAUUAAAGUAAAAAAAAAUUCAAAAUGGGGAAGGGUUUUAAUAAUUACAUGUGUAAAAAGUUUUUCCAUCCAGCUUCGAGGGACAAUUUGAAGCGAGUAUGGAUGGCAGAGCAGCAGGCUGAUGCUUAUAAAAAGAAACAGGAGGAACUUCGAGUUCAAUACGAAAAGGAACAGGAUCUUCACAAUAAUAAGGCUCUGUUGAGUAAAGAAAGCAAAGACAAACUCAGCGUAAAUUUUAUGUAUGAGGCACCGCCAGGUGCAAAAAAGGAACGCGAGAAGGAAGAUAACGAGCCGGAAUAUAAAUUUGAGUGGCAAAGAAAAUAUAACGCUCCACGAGAGAGUUAUUGUAAAGGCGACAGUGAAAUUCGGGAUCAGCCUUUUGGAAUUCAAGUUCGGAAUGUUCGUUGUAUCAAGUGUCACAAAUGGGGUCACAUCAACACAGACAAGGAAUGUCCACUUUAUUGUCAAGCGAUGAGCGUUGUAAUGAAUAAUGAAAAUAAGGACGAAGAAUCGCCAGACGCCAUGACUUUGGUUCAACAAAUGCGAGACGAUGGAUUGAAAUUGAAACAAUCGGCACUUUACGCUCAGCAACACUUGAGAGUUCCGGUUCACGAAGAAUUGAUGGUUUCCGAAGACGAGCAGGAGCAGGAAGUCGCCUUUUUAAAAUCCCUUUCCAAAAAGGAAAAGAAAAAACUUCUCAAAAAACUGCAGAAACUGGAAAAGAAGAACAGAAAGGCGCGAAAAAAAAUGAAGAAACGAAGUGAAAGUAGUUCGAGCGAGUCGAGCGAGUCGAGUGGCGACGAGAGAAGGAAGACAAAAUCGAGGAGGAGGAAAUCGGAAUCGAGUGGUUCUGAUUGUGAGAAAAGGGAGAAAAAAAGGGCGAGAGAGGGAGCGAGGAUUAGGGAGGAAAAGGAAAACGAGAAACACAAGUCGAGGGACAAGGAGAGGCGGAAGAGGAAAUCGGAUUCCGAGGAUGAUCGGCGGCACGAGAGAAGGGAGAAAAGGAGGAGAUACGAUUGAUUAUUUAUUAUUUUCGGAGACGGUAAUUCUAUUUUUCAAUCAUUGCAUCAAUUCCGCACUGAAAAUCGUCUUAUUUUUAUUAUUUUUUUUUUGUAUAUAAUUUAAGGAAAUAGAAAUAAUUGGUUAAUUUUAAUAAUCGGAAUUUAAUCAACGGUAUUAUCUACACAAU